CGCGACACGGUGACCGGCUACUGGGGUGAACGAAGGACAGACACAUGUGUGACGCGGUAUAUUGUGCAUGUACAUCCCGGAUUUAGUUGUUUAUGUAGUGUGUUUCCAGUCAGAGUUUCCAAGCACCAUUGCCGUCGUCCGCUGAUGUUCUGCUGAUGAUUCGCGAUGCCUUCAGCCGCGAAUCAUCUUUCUCUUGCUGGUAAAGUAGCGGUCGUCACUGGCGUAGGGUCAAGUUCUGGUAUUGGUGCAACUACAAGUGUUUUAUUUGCCAAACUAGGUGCAAAAUUAUCGCUAGUUGGCGAACAUGCCCCUAGCCUUGAUGAAGUUGGAAAGCGAUGUGAAAAAGAAAAUGGAAUAGUUCCUAUCGCAUUGAAGGGAGACCUUACUGAUGAGUUUUAUGUUGAAAGCAUUGCAGAACAGACAAAUAAACAUUAUGGACAGAUAGACAUUCUUGUAAACAAUGCUGCCAUAUAUGGGUCUGGCAAUAUACAGAGUACGUCACUUGAAACAUACGAUAACAUGAUGAAAGUCAAUGUAAGAUCGAUAUUUCAUCUUACAUCACUGAUUGUACCGUAUCUUAUAAAAUCACAUGGAAACAUUGUGAAUGUAUCCAGUCUAACCGGACUUAGAGCGUUUCCAUUUGCAUUGGCAUACUGUAUGUCUAAGGCGGCUCUCGAUCAUUUCACCAGGUGUAUAGCACUGGAACUGGCUGGUAAUAAAGUGAGGGCGAAUUCUGUAAACCCUGGUACAACUUUAACUGGUUUACAUCAAAGAGUCCUUGGUUUAAGUGAUGCUGAAUACGACCAGCUUAUUGAACAACGACAAGAACUGUAUCCUCUUGGUCGCGUUGGUUACGCUGAAGAAGUUGCUAAUACUAUCGCAUUUCUUGCAUCUGAUGCUGCAUCCUUCAUUACUGGGGCGACACUUCCUGUAGAUGGAGGGAGACAGUUGGCUUGUCCAAGAUGAUAUGAAAUGCCACUCACACUGUGGAUGUAUGACUAGUUCAGGCUCUACUAAACUUCCUG